AUGAUCAUGCCUGCCCAAGAGAAGUGGCCUCGAGGUCCCAAAAAUGAGCUGCAUUUUGCCGCCGAUACAGGCUCCACCCAGCGCACCGCAGCCAUCCUCUCCUCGGGCUUGAUUAAUAUCAACCAAGGCGAUCCUGAUGGCUGGACCCCUCUAAUGGUAGCAUCCCAGAGAGGUUAUACGCGCAUCGUGAGGAUUCUGGUGAAGGAGGGGGCCAACGUGUUGAUAGUGGCGGACCUUGGCUUUACGGCUCUUCUCACUUGCGCCCAGUACGGCAACCUAGCUGUUUGCAAGAUGCUCGUGAACGCCGGUGCCGACCUGGAAGCGGCGACCUCUACAAACGGCUCUAGGCCGCUUCACCUAGCUGCGGACAAGGGGCACGCCGCACUGAUUAAAGCACUCAUCGAGGCAGGCGCGAAUCUCAACAGCCGCAGGUUCGAUAGAGCGACCCCACUGUACAUAGCGUGUGAGCGAGGCCAUGUGGAAGCGGUCCGGGCUUUCCUUCGUGCAAAAGCGGACCCGCUGUUGAUACGACUGAACGUUUCGCGCGAUAGAUUUGUCCCAUUGGACGCGGCGGCGGGGAAAGGGCGUUCCCUGGUGGUACGCGAGUUUUUAGAUCAGCUUGGGAUCGACGGCUGUGGUGGUCCUAGCAGGGGCGCACAUGCUCUCUAUCACGCCGCCAAGGAACAGUUUGUAGACACCAUGGCCGUUUUGGCUAAUGCUGGAGUGGUCGACACGGGUAUCGCCCUUAUCGGCGCGAUCAAGGAGAACCGGGAAGGGUCGAUCAAAUUCCUCUUGCGGCAGCAACAGCUGCAAGGGAAUCCCACCGGUGCCUACGUGGACGAAGCGCGCGACCCUUUCGGCAGAACACCUCUGCUAUGCAGCAUUGAAGAUGAAGGGCUCGUGGACCACUACCUCGGCGAGAACAGGGUCAUAGGAAGGGACAUCACAGAAGAGCAGGCCCACAAGCUGAACGCCGUCCACCGCUUGCUGCUAAGGGUUGAGGCAGUUCACGCAGCCUCUUGGCUGUGGGUAAGCGAUGCCCCAGAUAUAGCUCAUACUGCAGAGGUUACAAAGAGGACCAAGGUGACUCCGUCCCCGCGCAGCAGGAUGUUCCCGGUUCUAGGAUUGAGCACAAGACGCAACGCCCUUCUGUCGGCCGUGCUCAGGUAUUCAUCGAAGACCUGACGUCCCUUAAGCGGGUGAGAGCCGCAUUUUCGCCAGUCUACCUGCUUUCUCCAUGGACUGGCGCUUCGGACAUUGCUCUCCCCGGGCAUGCACGGAAGAUGGGUUGGCCAGUUAAGGAGGCACGACAUUAUGUGGCGAAUGGCACAUCCAGCACACGAGAGUUGCGAAGCGGUUCCAAGGGUGGUGCGUGCGCCACAAUGACGAUCAUUGUGGUGUUUUUCAUCUAUGUUCUUGGUGUUUUUUUUUUUUUUAAUUGGUGUAGAUGACUACUGUAGCUGGACGCACAGGGUUCUCGAUACGCAUGCCGGUCGCGUUUCAGUGUACAAGUCUUAGGCCUCGCUCGAUUGAAUUUCCCUCCGUCACCCACCAAGGUGGCCAUUGCUGUUAAGAAUGUACCCGAAAAAAGUGUUGUUAACGGUAGUUGUAUUUUUUCGAUUCGGAGGAGUUCACUAGCACGACACUGCGUUGUCGUUGUCGUUGCAGUAGUUAUUUUCCUGUUGCAAUCGGGAGGUUAGCCGCUUGACCGUCCAAGCAGUUCUGGUUUGGUCGCUGAUUGGUCGUUCGAAGCGUUGCGGCAAACGCACGGCUCGUGUUCGUGCAUUCUGACAAUAUAGAAAAUCGAUGCAUGCAGCUGUCGCCUUGCUCCAAGAGGUGAGAUAAUUCUUUGUGAAAGUCGACGCUGCAACAUUGUGUCGUGUACGUGUUUCAAUAGAUUAGAACAAGAGGGUGUAGGUUGGACACGUGCACUUUUGUGAGUCCGCCUCCGCUGGAUGUACCGAUAGCGUGAUUUCGCCAAAAUGUGCAAGAAAAUGCGCUGAAUAUUGGCAUUCCGUCCUCUUGCUCUUGCUCAUGGCGGUACUGGCCAGAAAGGCGCUUGAACAGAAAUCAGAUAUUUUUUGCCGACAUGCUAUUUUUUUCUGCAAAGAACCUCAAGGUAGCAAAAUCGGGUUAGAUUCGCAAAACCUUUGGCAACGUUCGCGAGUAUGCGUAUGGAUUUGAAUAUGUCGGCGUAGCGGUUGGGUUUGGGUAGUAGUGGC